AUGAUAGAAAACUGCACGACGCUGUAUCCCAACGAUAUAGUUGGCCGCAAGGUCAGUGAGUACUCGGACCAGCACUCAGUCCCUCUUCCCGAAGACCUUGUCAAGUACCAUGAAUGGGUGUUGCGCAGUCAAGAACACUCCCACUUCACCAUUUCCCUGCUCGAGGCGAGAAUGUUGUCGUGGAUGGCACGAAUGGUGAAUGCCAAGAGAGUCCUUGAGAUUGGCACAUUUGUAGGUUUCUCCGUCGCCACUUGGGCCAACGCCGUUGGCAAGGACGGCAGCGUCACCGGCCUCGAGAAGUCCCCCGAGUUCGCACAGAUGGCCCGAGACCAGCUCAGCAGGUUCGGUUGGAACAACGCCGAAGUCGUCACGGGCGACGCCUUGCACACUCUGGCCGGGCUUGAACCCCCAGAGCCCUAUGAUAUCAUCUUCAUCGAUGCCCAAAAGUCCGGCUACCCAGCCUAUCUGAAGAUCAUCCUCGACCGGUCCCAGCCCGGGCAGGCCAACAGGCUACUGCGCCCUGGUGGUUUGAUCAUUGGCGACAACGCCCUUCGUUGCGGCCUGGUUGCGGACGAGUCGGACGACAACCCGGCUACAAAGACGGUCCCUCUCCAUACCAUCAACUGGGACUGGAAUAAUAUUGCCUUUUUGGACGAGUUCAACAAGAUGAUGCAUGGUCACCCGCGUAUUGAGGCCAUGCUGCUGCCGGUUUUUGACGGGCUCGGUCUGGGCAGGUUGCUGGACUGA